AUGGAAUCGCUGAGUAAUCUCCUCUCAGGUCCAUGGGCGAUAGGUGGCGACUUUAAUGCAGUGUUGGAAUCAGACGAUAGAUCAGCAAGUCAGUCACUGGGUAACAACAGAAGAUCAGAUUUUGUAGAUGAAGUGCAUCAUUCCGGGCUUAUUGAUGCGGGCUUUGUUGGCAAUCGGUUUACCUGGAGCAACAACAGAUCGGGGCUUGCCCUCACUACAACUCAGACCACUCCCCUCUUCUCCUAUCUUGUCCUUCGCUCGCCCAACCUAAGCGGAAUGAAAAUGGCUGAAGAGGAUCUCAAUAGAGCUGAACGUAGAUUAAAGGAAGACCCUUCCGAUUUCCUUUUCCUGGAGAGUGCAGCAGCCAGGAGAAGGUUGGCAAUCCUGGAGCAGAUGGAGGAGGUCUUUUGGAAGCAGAAAGCCCAGAAUUCUUGGCUCCAGGAAGGAGAUCGCAACACAAGAUUCUUUCAUGCCUUAGCAACAUGGAAGAUAAGGCACUCGGCAAUCUCCUCCAUCAAACUAGCGGAUGGUUCAACUACUUCCAACCUCGAUGACAUCCGAUCAGUGGCAGUUGUCUUCUUCGAGCAACUUUUCCAUGAAGAGCCCAUCUCCCUAGCCCCAGACCUGCUUUUAGCAAUCCCGUCCCUCAUUUCGUAG